AAACACCAUCGCGGCUCUUCAGCUUCUCCCCGCUUCGCGGCUAACCUGUAUAUGACGAUACCGAAGAAGCUCCAGUCCAAACCGAGAAAGCAUACUUGCCGAUGUCCUCAGCAGCUGGAAGAUACAGUAUUGCCGGGUGUGCGUACAUUCAUCGCCUCAUCAUGAGUCGCGACGUACUCAGAAGCAACCAAUAUAAACCUUGCCCGCAUCUACAAAAAUCCACUGCGAUUCCCUAUGGUCUUGGUCCUGUGCCAUUGCUGGUCAGAACGCUUGAAGAUGUUCCGAGCAACUCUUACUUUCCUUCCGGCAUCAGAUGCACCUGCCUUUUCUGCAGACUGUUCUGGCUGUUCUGGCUGUGCAGGUUCCCUGGACCUGUUGAAAUAUUGUUGUUCAUUAUGGUGAAUAGGCACUGUCUCGCCAAUACUUACCAUGCCAACAUAUAUGGCCUAAGCUAUUCCGUUAGUAUCAGCAUCGUUGCAUAUUACAGCAUCAGAUCUACCCGUGCGUUUUACGACAAAGCACAGUGGCUGCCUAGAGAAUGACCGGAAAUCGCAUUGUUCUCCUGUGAAGACCACUCGUCUGCUUGAAUUCACACGCCUCUUAUCUCGGCUGCUCGAAGAAAGUUGUGUCAGAUAGCUGACAUACUCCAAGAUGGCGAUGCAAGGACAGCCGGUGCAGCUUCAGCCAUGGCCGAUCAGAGAUGUACCUCGAGAACUCUCUCGCAUUAUCGUGAGCAAGCCGUAACUGAUCAACGUC